AGAAUUUGCCAAGAAAAAGAAACUCUCUCUCUCUCUCUCUCUAUCAGUACGGAAGAAAUUUCUGUUUCGAUGCACCAGAAAAUCGUCUUGUAGAUUACUGAUUCAAUACUCCGGUUUCAUUAUAAAUCUCAUUUUGAAGCUUUUGGGUUAUGGAAUUGGAAGAAGAAUACUAUAGCAGCACAAAAAUGCAGUCCAAAAUCAGCACAUUCUUCAAAUCCUCCUCUUCUUUUGCCGCCAUUGAAUCGCCGGAGCCGCCGCCGAUUACCGGAGAAGAAGACGAACUGGACGUUUGGGAGAAGAAACAGCAUCAGUUUUGGAACACGUACAGUCGCAGAAGUCGAAACCCUAGCAGCGUUGAAAAAGAUAAAACGGAAAAUAGCCAAUUGGUGAAGAAAACUGUUUUGAAUGAUCACUUUUCGAAGCCAGAAUCUUCGAUUUUGGGAAGACCAGUGGUGAAGAACAAGAAAAGGAGUUACGCUCAAUUCCAUUUGGAAUUAGGCCAGUCUGAUUUUCUUCUCCACACUUGUACCAAAUGUGGGGUUAAGUAUACUCCCGGGGCUAAAGAAGAUGAGAAGGCUCACAAGGCUUUUCAUAAGGAUUUUACCCAUGGAAUUCAAUUUAAGGCUUGGUCUAACGAGAGGGUUGUUCAUAUGCCCACCAUGGAAAGCGGUCGGAUUGUUAUGGUGUUGGAUAGUGACUCCCUUGUUCACAAAAACAAGGUUGGGGAAGUUGUGAAGAUGAUGGAGGUUGAGCUCGGAAGUGGAUGGAUUUUCCAUAAGCUGUGCAAGGUGUUUCUGUUCAUUUUAUCCCAAAGAGUUGCUGGCUGCCUAGUUGCUGAACCAAUAGAGAAGGCAUUCAAAGUUCUCUCAAUUUCAACAGAGAAAAGCACUGAUGCAACUAACACAAAAGAAGAAACAGAUAGACCGACAACUCUCCAAUUUGGUGAUUUUAGUUUUCAGAGGGAGGUUGUGAAAAAAGCUCCUUCUGAUAUCAAUACUAAACAUUCAGAUAAGGAUCUCAGGGGCACAAUUCUUUGUGAGAAGGAAGCAGUGCCUGCAGUCUGUGGUAUUAGAGCCAUUUGGGUGUCUCCUGCAAAUAGAAGAAAACACAUAGCCACCUAUUUACUAGAUGCAGUGAGGAAAAGCUUCUGCUUGGGAGUUGUCCUUGAGCGCUCUCAAUUGGCAUUUUCUCAACCCACUUUGGCUGGAAAGGCAUUGGCAUCAAAUUACAUUGGUGCUGGAUCUUUCUUGGUUUAUAAGUCCAACAAUUUAAGCUCAGCUGACUCGUAAUAAGUUGGAGAACGUAGUUCACUCACUUUACUAUAUAUAUUUAUUAUUGCUUUUUUUUUUC